AUUGUUACAGAGGUAAUUAUUUUCAUUCUCGUAUUCAAUUCUCUCCUCUCUGUCUCCAUUAACCCCCAAACAUUUAUCAUCUCUAUUCUCUUUUCUCAAUCGCGAUAGAAACCCCAAAGCCCCAAUCCACCACUCGAUCGGACUACAUCGCUGGCGGCUGGCAAACUCCGUUGCUGUGGCCGUCUCCAACCGCUGUCACAACCUUCUCUAGUUUCAGCCGCUAAGUAAAACAGGAAGAGAUUACUUUCUCCAAUCAAAGAUGAAGUCCAGAGCUCUGGUACGAUGAAUUGGUGACAGACUACAUUGAAAAUUUCAGUUUAUCAAAGUCAUGAUGCUUCUCACAAGCCGAAGUUAUAAAUUCAAUCAACUUAUCCGCAUCAAUAAGAAUCUGAAAAUUGUCCAGCUUCAUUUGUCCAUGGAGAAGGAUACCGAAAUUGAAAGAAUUGUUAGAAUUAUUAAUGACCAUCCCUUCCCGGAUAAGCCGCUGAGUCCCAUCCUUCACUCUCGAAUUCCACAGGCUGCUUUGUCAACUCCAUUUGUUGAAAAGGUUCUUGGUAAAUUGUUUGCCGCACACUCAAAUGGACUCAAAGCAUAUGAGUUCUUUAAAUAUUGCCUUCACAAUCAGCAGUACAAUCCAAGUUCGGAUGCUUUUGAAAAGACGCUCCAUAUACUUACGCGCAUGCGCUACUUUGACAAAGCCUGGGAGUUGAUGGAAAGAAUAAAGCAGGCCCACCCUUCCUUGCUCACUCUCAAGUCCAUGAGCAUCAUGUUGUCGAGAAUAGCAAAAUUCCAAUCCUAUGAAGAAACCCUGGCAGCAUUUGAGAAGAUGCAGAUGGAUAUAUUUUCAGGGAACAAGUUCUGGACAAAUGAGUUUAAUGUGCUUCUCCGAGCAUUUUGUACACAACGUCAGAUGAAAGAAGCAAGAGCUGUGUUCAACAAGAUGCAUUCCCAAUUUCCUCCCAACACCAAGACCAUGAACAUUUUGCUGUUGGGGUUCAAAGAAUCAGGUGAUGUUACUGCAGUAGAGUUGUUCUACCAUGAGAUGAUUCGAAGAGGUUUUAAACCAAAUAGUGUCACUUAUAGUAUCAGAAUUGACGCAUACUGUAAGAAAGGGCAUUUUGGUGAUGCUCUAAGACUUUUUGAAGCAAUGGAAUCUGCAAAUUGUGCGCCCUCAUUAGAAACUAUAACCACAUUAAUUCAUGGAGCUGGGGUGGCUCGGAAUAUCACAAAGGCUAAACAAUUGUUUGAGGAUAUCCCUAAAAGAUCUUUACAACCAGAUACUGCGGCUUAUAAUGCUCUUUUGAGUUCUCUCAUCAGAUCGAAGGAUGUGAUCUCUGCAACAGCUCUAAUGGACGAAAUGGAGAAGAGGAACAUUGAACAUGACAAUGUAACAUAUCAUACCAUGUUUUUGGGGCUAAUGAGAUCAGAGGGUAUCGGUGGCGUUUCUACACUUUAUGUGAAAAUGGUUGAGAAAAAGUUUGUGCCAAAGACACGGACGAUUGUUAUGUUGAUCAAGUUCUUCUGCGAGAACUGCAGGGUUGAUCUGGGAUUGGAUUUGUGGAAUUAUUUGAUGAAAAAAGGGCAUUGUCCACACAGCCAUGCACUAGAUCUCCUGGUGACGGGGCUUUGCGCCCGUGGGAGAGUUGAAGAAGCCUUUGUUUGCUGUAAACAAAUGCUGGAAAGGGGUAGGACUGUGAGCUUGAUAGUGUUCAAAAUGUUGGAAAGGGUUUUGGUGCAGAUGGGGGAGGUGGACAAAUUAGAGGAAUUACGCUGCAUGAUAAAGAAAUUGAAGUUAUUGUUGCCUCCUCCCAAACAGGACACGAUCAACUUGUCUUUUACCUUGUAAUACCAGUCACGCAUCGCAGUUGAUAUGAUGGUGAAGCCAUGUCUGGAGAUGAUAUAAUCAACUUUUGUUUGAAGGCCCUUCUGCUCCUGCUCAUAGCUGCCUCCUUUGGCAGGCUUCUGUACUGAAUUAUCUCCUAUUUUCUCCAGCGGAGUACAGUAGUCCUGUCUCACGCAAUUCAUCAAAUUUGGCUACAAGAAGAUUGUCCAAGAAUGAAUCUGAGGCAACAGAUAUUUUCUUGUCUCUUUCAGAGGGAAAAAGAUCAAGGUCUCUUAUCCUUCUGUAUUUUAUUUGAUCAUGAUGAAUGUAAUUUCGCUCGUUUGCUGGUCUGUGUGAUAUCUGAUGUUACUAUUCCCCAAAUAGGAAAUGUGAACCUAUUACUUCUGGGAGUGCUGUUGCUAAUGCGUUUGAUGGAAAGAUUGACUUUGGGGGUGGCAUAUUUCGGAAGGGCAUCUCAACAACUCUGGAAGUUGGAUUCCUCACAUUGGUGGAGUCGCUCAUCUAUGGCAAGGUUGAGCCGUAUCUUAAAUGCCCUAGGUGGCCAAUAUAGGUACUUGGGUAGUCGGAAGCAGUCUCAUUUGCUCUGGACACCAAAGCCAAGAGUAGAACAAACUUGAAAACAGAGAAAUACAAAUUCGGAGAGCUUUUGAUGCUCAAGAUCAAAGUGGAGGUGGUUUAUAAGUGUUGAUUCCAUCAAGUCAUCAAGGAAAUGAACAUUAACCUCGAAAGGUUGAGCAUCUUUGUAGUACUGGUUUUGUUGUAUGGAGUGCAUUUUGGCAGGUUCUUCUGGGUUUGGACAAGAGUUUUGAUCGUUACCUGUUUAAUGGGAUCGCAGGUCCGUUGCUAAUGGUAGCCAAGCAUCAACUAGAAACAAGAAUCCCACUCAGAGACCAAGAUUGAGGGUUUCAGUUCCCCCAAAGUGGACACCUGAGGGAUUCAUGGUCGAAGUGCUUGUGUCCUCCAGUUCAGGUACAAAUGAAUCCAGGUAAGCAGACAGCUCAAGUCAAGUAUAUAAGCCUGCUCCAAUUCAACAUACAUAGUUGGUUGAUCGCAUUAGAAUGAGGUGGACCCGAGCUGUAUGCAGUUGGGAUGGAGUGCACCUAGCAUCGUAAUGGUAUGAUUGUUUAUUUCUUAGUUUGCUUAUUGCAACCAUGUGAGUUUGGGGUUAUGAAGCAAAUGUCAGGUGCAAAUGCUCAUAGGAUUAUGGAGCAAGAAUGUCCAUCUCCGUCCAGGCUUUGGGGUUAUCACGAGUUGAAAAGACAAAUGGUUCCCUUUUUAUCGUUUCCCAGUCGCAAAUUACGUCGCUCUUAACAGUGAUGAUGCAGAAUUUAGAGUCUAAUUUGAUUCGACCCUUAUCAAAUUCUUGGAGGAAGAAGGAUUUUGUUGAAUUUUUGUAAUUAUUUUCAACUGAGAAAUGUGAAGUACAUAACCCUGCAAGUUCUUGCAAGAUAUUUUUAAACAGAAA